AUGGGGGGUAUGGGGAGGCAGGAGGUGGCUUGCAAUCAUCGAUCCAGACUCCCCUGCUCCGGAGACAGAAACACCUGCAGAAAAGCGACAGCCAUCAAGAAAACAACACUACAGCAGAGGGAAGAUCACAAUGAAGCCCCUCCCCCUGUCUCCAUUGGAAGCCCAUCAUCAGCGCCGGUGGGCGGAGCUGGCGAGCGGCAGGCCUUAGAGCUGCGGGUCCGGGCAGUGGAGGAAGAGAAUCGGGCACUGCGCCGGGAGCUCAGCCGGCCACCCAGGAGCCCGUCGGCGCGCCUUCCAAACAGUGGUCACCGUGGUAACCAGAGCCGAACCCAUUCAGAGGAGGGCACCGGUGACAAUGAGGGUCAGAAAGCUGCUGCAGUGGGGAACAGCUCAGACUGUGUGCAGCAGCCAGUGGUGGAUAAGUGUGAGACCAUCCAUGUGGCCAUCGUAUGUGCAGGUUACAACGCCAGUCGAGACGUGGUGACACUGGUUAAAUCUGUCCUUUUCCACAGGCGGAACCCACUACAUUUCCAUUUCAUCACAGACUCCAUUGCUCAGCAGAUCCUGUCCUCUCUAUUCCAUACCUGGAUGGUUCCUGCUGUCAGAGUCGACUUCUAUGACGCAGAUGAGCUGAAGUCUGAGGUGUCAUGGAUCCCCAACAAGCAUUACUCUGGAAUCUACGGCCUGAUGAAGCUGGUGCUCACUAAGACGCUGCUGUCCGACCUGCAGAGAGUCAUCGUCCUGGACACAGACAUCACGUUUGCCACUGACAUUGCUGAACUCUGGGCUGUCUUCCACAAGUUCAAAGGUAACACAGCUCCUAUUUCCUUACUCUGUAAAGGCAGUAACUAGUAGUUUUAUCUUGAAACUGAUGAUGGUCGUUUUGUGCUGAUAAUCAGUGUGUGGCAAAUUACGGGGAGCCCUGUAGUUUUGAAUGAACUUCACCAUAUCUGCCCAGUGACAGCAGUACGGAGUCAGAGUAAAGGUCUGUCAUAGCAGCUGUUGGUCCUGAAGCAGGUCUGUCCAUCUUUUGCGAUCUCUCCUCUCCACACACAUUCUCCUGGCUGAUUCAUCAGUCACUGCAUGACUCACCAUGUAGGAUUGUUCUUGUUGAAUCAAUAUGUGGUUGUUAUCUGGAUAGAAGCUGCAUGUUACAUGUGUGAUGAGCUUGGAGGAGUAGCUCUCCCUGUUAAUAAUAAA